AUGCAGAGAUAUGACAAUAUGACCAUAAAAGAUAAUUAUAAUAAUCAAAAAAUAUCUGCAAUAUAUAACCCAAGCCUACUCUUGGCUUGGGCUAUCAAGACAUCUCCAGACGCUGGAAGGAUAAUUAGUUCUAUUAACAUUGUUGGUAAAACCAACUCAUCAGAUGGCAAAUCUUCAAUAUAGAGUACUUUUAUUUAGAUGAAGGAUGGCAGAUUUAAUUCAUCCUCUUUUCCGACCAAUAUGCAAGAUAAACUUGAUAUUGGUCUUGGAGAAGACAGAAUUAUCUACGGCUUUUCCUCUAGAACCUAUUUUUUACCAGAGCUUGAAGAACAAAGAUUUUUCGAAUUGUCAGUGGAAUUCUAUCUGUCAAAAUUUGUCAACAACUGCGACCAGAAAAAGAAGAUGGAACUCUUAUCAGCGUUUUGUAUUUCGAUUAACCAAAACUACCCCCCUGGAUCAAUACUAAGAUGUCACAGACUUACAUCCGGUGAUGCAAUCUGAUCACCAAAGAAAAAUCUAUACAAAUAGAAUUAUUGAAUCAAAUAGUGUAUAACCUUAAAUACAAAGGAAGAAACAUUAUCAUUCCGGCUGGACUCUUGUGACUAGGCUGCAAAAUCAAUUUCUGCAGAUACCGAAUUAAUUUUACAUUACCCCCAGAAACAAUUACCUAUUCAAAUUGAAUCCUAAAAGACCUUUUUAAAAACCGCUUCAGAAAAUUUUUGGAUUCGUCAAUACAAACACAAGCACAUACAAUUGAUUAA